AAGGUGUCCUCUCCAUCCCCCCCCUCCCAACAUGGCGCUGUGUCCCCAGGGGCGCCAUGGAGGAGCUCCAGGAGGGGGGGGACGCCGGUGGUGGGACCCAUGGGGACGUCGGUGGUGGGACCCGUGGAGGUGCUGGUGGGACCCACAGGAACAUCCACGGUGGAACCCGGGGAGAUACCGGUGGUGGGACCCAUGGGGACGUCGAUGGUGGGACCCAUGGAGAUGUUGGUGGUGGAACCCAGGGAGAUAUCGGUGGUGGAACCCAUGGGGACAUCCGUGGUGACACCCAUAGGAAUGUCCAUGGUGGAAUCCAGGGAGAUAUUGGUGGUGGAACCCAUAGGAACGUCUGUGGUGGAACCCAGGGAGAUAUCGGUGGUGGAACCCGUGGGGACGUCAGUGGUGGAACCCAUAGGAACGUCCAUGGUGGAACCCAUGAAGACAUUGGUGGUGGAACCCAUGGCCAAGGCCGUGACGGGACUCUUAGGGACCUCCAUGGUGACACCCACGGCCAUGGGGACCUCCAAGAUGACGCCCUGGAUGACGACAUCAGCGAUGACACCCUUGGGGACCUCCAGGACACCUCCCGUGGGGACCUCGGUGGUGCCACCCCCAGGGAUGGCCGUGCCCUUCCCACCUGCCCCACGUCGGGGACCCGCAACCGGUGUCCCACCCGUCCCACCGCCGUCCCCACCCCACCACCGGCCCCACGCCAGGCCCAGACCCACGUGGCCACCAACCCUGGAGGUGGCCCCAGGUCCAGAGGUGCCACCACCAGGUCCAGAAGGGCCACCACAGCGAGGUCCAGAGGAGCCACCGCCACCACAGCCGCGCCCACCACCUCCAGAGGGGCCACCACCAGGUCCAGAGGGGCCACCACCACCACGUCCGGAGGUGCCACCCCCAUGAUGGAUGUCUCUGAACCAUCUGGAGAUGUUGCCACCACGAUGGAUGUCUCCAAAGAACCUGAGGCUGCCACCGCCUCCGUGGAGACGUCCGUGACUUCUGUGGGCACCGCCACCAGGUCCAGAGGGGCCACCACCACAAGGUCCAAAGGGGCCACCACCACCAGGUCCAGAGGGGCCACCACCAGGUCUGGAGGCACCACCACCACCAUGGAUGCAUCCAUAGAUGCAACCACCACAGUGGAUACAGCCAAACCAGCUGGAGGUGCCACCACCCGCUCCAGAGGUGCCACCACCAGGUCCAGAGGUGCCACCUCCACCAGAGCUGCAUCCAAAGCACCUGGAGGUUCCACCACCACCACCAUCCUCAUCAACACCACCACCACCACGGCCGCAUCCGAAGCCCCCGGAGAUGCCACCACCACCACGUCCACUCCCAAAGCCCCUGGAGAUGCCACCACCACCACCACGUCCACUCCCAAAGCACCCAGAGAUGCCACCACCACCAGCAAGUCUGCUUCCAAAGCCACCGGAGAUGCCACCACCACCACCACGUCCACUCCCAAAGCACCCAGAGAUGCCACCACCACCAGCAAGUCUGCUUCCAAAGCCACCGGAGAUGCCACCACCACCACCACGUCCACUCCCAAAGCACCCAGAGAUGCCACCACCACCAGCAAGUCUGCUUCCAAAGCCCCUGGAGAUGCCACCAUGACCAGCAAGUCUGCUUCCAAAGCCCCCGGAGAUGCCACCACCGCCACUACAUCUGUUCCCAAAACCCCUGGAGAUGCCACCACCACCGCUACGUCCGUUCCCAAAGCCCCCGGAGAUGCCACCACCACCACCUCGGAAGCCCCCUGCUCGUCCUGCCCCCGCCCUGCUCCCCCGUUCCCCUGCGCCGCCUGCCCCAAAUCCUACGGCACCCUCUCCAAGUUGACCAUCCACCAACGGGCCCACACGGGCGAACGUCCCUUUUCUUGCCCGGAUUGUCCCAAAUCCUUCGCCGACCCUUCCGUCUACCGCAAGCACCGCCGGGGCCACGACGGGCUGCGUCCCCACCGCUGCGGCUCCUGCCCCAAGGCCUACGCCGAGCGCAAGGACCUGCGCAACCACCAGCGGAGCCACACGGGCGAGAGGCCUUUCCUCUGCGCCGAGUGCGGCAAGAGCUUCGGGAGGUCUUCUUCUCUGGCAUGCCACCAGCGCAUCCACGCUCCCCGCAAGCCCUACGCCUGCGGGACCUGCGGCAAGUCCUUCACCCAGCUCUCCUCCUUCCAAAGCCACCAGCGGGUCCACACCGGGGAGCGUCCCUUCCUCUGCCCGCAGUGCGGGAGGAUGUUCUCCGACCCUUCCAGUUUUCGGCGCCACCAACGUGCCCACCAGGGCUUGAAGCCCUACGGCUGCGGCGAGUGCGGCAAGGCCUUCCGGCAACCGGCCGACCUGGCCGUCCACCGCCGGACCCACACCGGGGAGCGGCCCUGGCGCUGCGGGGAGUGCGGCAAAGCCUUCGUGGCCUCCUGGGACCUCAAGCGUCACCGCUUGACCCACGGCGGGGAGCGGCCCUGGCGCUGCGGGGACUGCGGGAAGGGGUUUUGGGAGAGGGCGGCCUUGGCCAAGCACCGCAGGACGCACUCCGGGGAGAGGCCCUACGCCUGCGGGCACUGCGGGAAGGGCUUCGGCGGGCCCUCGGGGCUGCGCAAGCACGAGAGGACGCACGGCAAGGGGGAGGAGGGGGGCGGCAUCAAGGUGGCCACCGGUGGUGAGCUCAACAUGGCCGCCGGAGCCACCCUCAACAUGGCCGCCGGUGGUGGCCUCAACAUGGCCGCCAGGUCUACCCCUAAUAUGGCCGCCAGUGGUGGCCUCAACAUGGCCACCAAAGCUGGUCUCAAUGUGGCCACUGGUGGUGGCCUCAACAUGGCUGCUGGUGGUGGUCUCAACGUGGCCACUGGACCUACCCCUAAUAUGGCCGCCGGUGGUGGCAUCAACAUGGCCGCCAGUGGUGGUCUCAACAUGGCCGCCAGGUCUACCCCUAAUAUGGCCGCCAGUGGUGGCCUCAACGUGGCUGCUGGUGGUGGCCUCAACGUGGCCACCAAACCUGGUCUCAACAUGGCCACCAGUGGUGGCCUCAACGUAGCAGCCAGUGGUGGCCUUGACAUGGCCACUGGACCUACUCAUAUGGCCACCAGUGGUGGCCUCAGCGUGGCCACUGGAUCUAGCCCUAAUAUGGCCACCAGUGGAGGCCUCAAUGUGGCCACCAAACCUGGUCUCAACGUGGCCACUGGACCUGGCCUCAACGUGGCCACCAGUGGUAGCCUUGACAUGGCCACUGGACCUACUCAUAUGGCCACCAGUGGUGGCCUCAACGUGGCCACCAGACCUGGUCUCAACGUGGCCACCGGACCCAGCCUCAACAUGGCCACCAGUGGUGGCCUCACUGUGGCCACCGGACCCGGCCUUGGCCUCACCGGAGGAGGUCCAGGCCUGGCCACCAGGCUCGGCCAUGACUUGGCAGCUGGAGCUGGCCACCACACGGCCGCCAGAGGUGGCCACGGGAUGGUUGUGGGUGCUGGCCAUGGUGUCGGUGGCCAAGCCGGCCACGGUGUGGCCACCGGCGUUGGCCAAGGGAUGGUGGGUGCCCAACUUGGCCACAGUAUGGCCACUGGACUUGGCCAUGAGGUGGCCAACAGAGGUGGCCACCAAGCUGGCCGUGAGGUGGCCACCGCUACCGGCAGGGAAAUAGGUGCUGGGCCUAGUCACGACGCGGCCACUGGACUGGGCCACAGCGUGGCCACCAUUUCUGGACCGGGGGCCACUGGAGCUGGUCCCGACAUGGUGGCCCCCGUGGGCCACAAAGGCCCCAAUUUGGUUGCCCCAAACAUGGCGGCCUCCAACAUGGCGGCCCCCAGCGGAGGCCCCGACAUGGCCCCCAUGGGGGAACCCAACAUGGCGGCCCCCACGGGAGCCUGCCCGGCUACGGGGGGCGUGGCCACGCCAGGCCCCGCCCCUCCUCCGGAGCCCCGCCCCUUUGCCUGCCCCCUCUGCCCCAAGCGCUUCGGGGCGAGGGCGGGGCUUC